GGCGAGGAGGCGGGCAAGGGCAGCCCGGAGAGCGAGCGCCAGCCAGGCAGCCAGCCAGCUGGUAGUGGCCGGUGGCUAUCAGGGGCAACCGUCGCGGCGGGCAAGCGGCGGCCCCUCGUCGCGGACGGAGCCACCGCGCGUGUCGCCGGGCAAGGUGCUGCCGAGGAAGCGGCGCCGGCGGGACAAUGGAAGCCCAGGCGCAAGGUCUGUUGGAAAGACAAGCGUUACAUGAGGCAGAUGAAGAUACGGUCACUGAUGUUGACUUUACCAACAUGAUUUCUGAAGAAGAGCGAGAAGAAUUAAAAGCUGAACUUGUCAAGCUAGAGGAUGAAAUUUCAACUUUACGACAAGUGUUAGCAGCCAAAGAGAAGCAUCUGGUGGAAAUAAAACAAAAGCUUGGUGUCAACCUGAUGAAUGAACUGAAACAGAACUUCAGUAAGAGCUGGCAUGAUAUGCAAACAACUACUGCAUAUAAGAAGACCCAAGAAACUCUGACUCAGGCAGGGCAAAAAGCCACAGCAGCAAUCAACAAUGUUGGAACAGCCAUCAGCAAGAAGUUUGGCGAUAUGAGUUACUCUAUUCGCCAUUCCAUAAGUAUGCCUGCUAUGAGGAAUUCUCCUACUUUCAAAUCCUUCGAAGAAAAGGUUGAGAGCACUGUCACAAGCCUUAAGACAAAAGUUGGAGGUACAAGCCACCCUGGAGGAAGUUUUGAAGAAGUUCUUAGCUCUACUGCCCAUGCCAGUGCCCAGAGUUCCAUUGCAGGCACUCGACUCUCAGAAGCAGAAGAGGAGCUCCAGUGCUAG